UUAUAGAAACUUCGCCGCUGAAGGAAUUAAUCAUGGGUCGACGCAAGAUCGAGAUAGAGAUGGUGACAGACAGCAGCACGAGGCAAGUGACUUUCUCGAAGCGAAGAACCGGGCUUUUCAAGAAGGCUAACGAGCUUGCCAUCCUAUGCGCUGUCCAGAUUGCGAUCAUCGUGUUUUCCCCUGGAGGCAAACCCUUUUCGUUCGGGCAUCCGAACGUCGAAUCCAUCGUUCAUCGAUUCCGAAAUCAGGAACAGACCCCGGAUGAGGGUACAAGCAAAGACGCUGAAUCUCAUGACAAGAGCAUGACCGAUGAUAAUCUAAACCAGCGACUCCUCGAUCUACUGAAGCGGCUGAACGCAGAGGAGAAGCGAGGAGAGACGCUCGAGAAGGUGGUGAAAGCGAAACGAGCUGCCAAAGGCCAACCCCCAGUCGAUCAACUCGGAUUGCCCGAACUCCGCGUGUUGAAGAGCUCGUUGGAAGACCUUCGGGAGAAACUGCAGGAUCGUAUCAAGGACAUGGAGGCGAUUUCAUCGUUGUUACUUCUCGCAGAACAUCAGCCGAUGUUGUAA